AUGGACGACCGUGGAUUCAUUCUCGACAGCGAUGCCACUGCCCGAGACGUCUACAGCGCUCUCCACGGCGAGGAGAUUCGCACCUUGUUGCUUGCUCCAGGCGAGAAAGGCACCCCUAUUAGCUGUGAGAUGCAAGUGGUACCUUCUCCUAGGAGUACUCAAUUCGAAGCCCUGUCCUACGUCUGGGGCGAAACCACCCCGUCCAAGCUCAUCUCGUGCAACGGCUUUGCAUUUUCGGUGACCGAGUCUCUAUAUACAGCUCUUUUGCAUCUGCGAUAUCCGGAUGCCUGGCGAAGGCUAUGGGUGGACCAACUCUGCAUCAAUCAGCACCAGGGUCAGGAGCUGAUGAAACAAGUGGGUUUGAUGGGAAGGCUCUAUUCAUCUGCGUGCCGUGUGAUUGUGUGGCUGGGCAGGUAUGAUCGGAAGAUGUCUCUGGCAUUCGAACUGCUGCAGGAGACCUCUGUGAGUUUGAGCCUGGUUCGAUCUGACUUCUUGAACUCGUCGAGUGCACCGUCAACACCCCGAACAAGAUCCCUCACACCGCGGAGCACGUCCAAGUCUCCACGAUUGCCGCGAUAUCCGAGCCGUGCUUCGGGCUCGCGUGAAAGUCUCAGCAGCCUCUCCUCCUCGACAUCCAGCCUCAAUAGUCUGUCGUCUCCUCGGCCAAAUAAUAGACGGCACAACACCCCUCCCGCUUUGAAGUACGCAUUGUCGAUUUUCCAGCAUGUGUACUUCACAAGGAAGUGGACGUUUCAAGAGAUCAUUCUGGCGAAGGCCGCAAUCAUAUGCUGCGGCGACCUCGAGAUGGCAUGGAGUGACUUGUCUCUUUGGUAUUUUCAUUAUGCUUCAAAACUACGCAGCUCGAGUCUCUUGUAUGACUCUAAUGGCUCGUUUGAGAAUAUCUUGACCGUGAGAAACGAACUGGACAAAGGCACGUUGAAGCUGAGUAAGUUGCUCAUGCUGACCCGGCCAAGAACGAGCACGAAACCCGAAGACGCAGUUUAUGCAUUGCUGGGUUUGAUGCCAGACUUGCUCGAGGCUCUGAAGUCCGAGCCGAAUAUUCAGCCGCCUCCGGGGACAGUACGCUCCCAGGAAGAAAAUUUAUUCUACCUCUAUCUUCAGGUCUUUCUUUACUGCAUCGAAACAGAGCACGACUUGGCUAUCCUAAGUGCCGCUGGCAGGUACAGAACCAGUGCUGAAGCGAAGUGGCCAUCCUGGUUACCGGACUGGCGACAAUCCCUCCCACUUCGUCCCUUGAUCCUCACCGACUCUGCAGACCUUGAACCGGAUUCUGCCUUUGCUGAAGAUUCUCCGAAUGAUGUCCUUCCCGGGCCACAGGCCGAGACACAGCCCAUCUACAAGCUGAGUCAUAGGCCUGGCUUACCAAUAUCAUCGAUCUCAACCCAAGCCUCUCUGACACUAUCUGGUGUCCGACUUGGCUUUUUGGUCACUCGUGCUCUGACUUGGCCUAGUGUUUUCCUGGUUGCCGACUCACAAGCGCAAUCUUUACUGAGCGACGGUCCCGAUGACAACCAAUUUACCCAACCAAUUGCUUCUCUGGCACCAGCCUUCUCCAACAAGCUAUUAAAAUCUAGCCAGACUGCUUAUCACGGACUGAAACUAAGUUACGCAGCAUCUUUGUUGCAGAAGUCACUCAAGAUUGGCGCGCAAUGUCGCUCUGUCAGGACUUCAGCCAUGGUGGAGUCUGGAGACUGGCUCUGUGCCUUCAGAGGAGGGAAUGUAUUCUACGCUGUUCGACCACUCGAUGAGUUCCCAAAUACACACCAAGCAAAUUCCAGUUCAGUGAGAAGAGGGAGAUCGUUCGGACAUUCUAGAGCGCCAAUGUCUUCGCCUGGCAGUGCGAACCACCAGCCUGCCAGAUACUUAUUCGUCGGCGAAUGUGCAGUUCACGGCCUCAAUCCAAGCGAGACUCUGGCUCAUCCAGACGAAAUCAUGGAGUUUGAGCUGACAUGA